AUUGGCUUCCCCGCCAUGCCACCUACUCCAAACUUUGACAACAGCCCUACCCAAGUGAAAAGUCGAACCAGCAACUUCACAAUUGCUGAGGACAAAGCUAUAUGUUCUGCCUUCAUAAAUGUGUCCAAAGAUCCCAUUGUCGGUGUGAAUCAGAGUAGUGAAGCUUAUUGGGACCGUGUGCACAAGUUCCUAUAUUCAAACACCCCAGUAGAGAGACAGAGGCCGCCACAGUCCAUCCGGAAGCGCUGGGGAACUAUCCAAAAAGAUACUGCAAGGUUUUGUGGCUACAAAGCUGAACAAGACAGGAAAAAUCAAUCCGGCAAGACGGAAGAAGAUAGGAUUGAAGAUGCCAAGAAGCAGUACCAUGCCCUUGUUGGGAAGCCAUUCGCAUUCAUGCAUUGCUGGGAAUCACUUCGUGGCCAAAGGAAGUGGCUGGACCUUGUGGGGGCGAAAGGAAAAGACGCGGACAACAAUGGUGAAGAGUCUGCGCCUGAUCUUGUAGACCUUGGCUUCCCUGAAGAAGAUGCAAAUGACAGUCGUCCAAUUGGCCGAGAUUCUGCGAAGAAGAGAAGGAGGAGUGAGCUGCAGUCAUCUUCCACAUCUUCCACAGCUUCCGCUUACGUGGAAGUCCUUCAAAAAAUGACAGACCACAAAGGAAAACAAAUUGUGGCGGAGGUGGAGUGGGCUACUGCUUUCAACGAUCGCGAAGAUCGGAAGCUCACUUUGGAAGAGAAGAAAAGGGAAGAUGGGAUCAUGAAAAUGGAUCUAUCUGCGCUCGAUCCAUAUCAGCGGAGGUACUUUCGUCGGGAGAUCAAGGCGAUCCUUGCAAGGACACGUGCUGACGACGAUGAGCAGGAAAUGGACGACGACUUUGGCGCUUGAAGCCACGGACCUGCUGCUGCCUACUUCGUCCGCAAUGGUUGUUUCAAUUUUAUGUAGUCUUGUACUGUAUGACCUAAUAAAAGGUGUUGCCGCGAGUAGAGAAACAUCGUUUUUUAUGUA